CGUUUCGUUGGUUACGGAGAAACACCUGCUAAAGUUGUUUACAUGAUUUUCGCUUCAAUUUUACAAUAAUUGUUAAAAAAUGACCACAAAUCAGAACGUUAACGAAGCUGAAGGUUACACGUCUGAUGAGGAUAAUAAUUGUCCAGGAUGGUUUUACCAUGCUCCUGCCCGCAGAAGAUCCCUCGAGCCCGUUGGAUACCCUGCCAUGUCCCAGAUCCCGGGCUUAGCAGAAGAUGAAGGCCCUCCUGAGGAACCACCCAGAUCUCUCUUCCGGGAAACAGACACAAAAUAUGUGCGCCUGGCAAAACAGGGCGGACGACAGAAUCUCCUGAUGAUGAAGGAAAACUCUGGAGAGAAGAAGCCCGCUGCUUACUAUCCCAGGAACGAGUGGUUCUACUUGGCAGACAAUGCUAUGGAAGAUGAAGCGGAGAAAAAGAAAAAUGAAAUUGAGUACGACUUCUUACGACCGGAAUACAUGGUCCAUGAAGCCUACAAGCAGGAACCAGGACAUUUGUAUGAGCGACCUGCCCGGGGACCGAUUAGCCAUGACAAACUCUCUGUGUUUGAGAGAGAUGGAGGGAAGCGUGUAACAGACAAGACCGUCAGGCUUCCUGAAGUCAGAAAGCCAGGGUAUGGUGUAAGAAGUGGAAAACCACUUCGCAUGCCCAAACACAAACCCCAGUCAGCUGACACAGAGCCCGGUAGAGGACCCAAGCCCCUUAGGUACCUGCCCAUGCCAGGUUCUGCAAACAACAAAGAAAAACCAAAAAUGAGCAAAAUUAUUGGCUACGCAUAUGAACGUGAAUGGCAGGACGAACAUAGAAAAUGGCAGGAUAAACAGGAAACCGGGAAAUAUCGGCACCAGCAGAUGACGAAUAUCAGACAAGUUCCUGAGGGUUUUGUGCAAUCUGAGUAUAACAUGAGCUUUGGUAAACCCACCGCAGUGAUACACACAGAAGUUAACAGGGAAGACUGUCAGCAAUCAUCCCGACCAUCAGAAGGGAAGAGCGGGUAUUCUGUACGCCAGACUGAAACUCAGAGAUUACGUGAGGCCAAGCUUCAGAAAUCCCCGGAGAAAGAGGUCUUCAAAAUGACUAGGUUUAAGAACAUUCCCGCCAGGACUGAAUCCCACAGACCCCAGGCGGUAUAGGGUAGCCAAACCCCUGUGGUCAGUUCAGUAUUAGGACAUUCCACAUGUAUAUAGUUAGUUAAAGACUGGCACCACAGCAUUCAAUAUCGAAGAUGGGAACCAUUCAACACAGAAGAUGGGAACCAUUGCAUAUAUUUAUCGUUAUAGGCGAUGAUAUGGUCUAUUUUUUCAACAGGCAAAUAAGCUGACAAGGGUUGAUUCCUACCCAUUGCAGUAUUAACUUUCCUUGUGCAUAUGAGGAUAGUCAGGGACAUAGACAAUAUUGAUACCAAUACAUGCAAUUUUGUAAAUUACAUCUGUUUAAUUUACGCAACUUAUCUCCCAAAAUUAGUUUUACAUCAGACUUUGAUACCAAAAAAAUGUGUUUGUGUAAAUCAUAUACACCAAAUUUAUCUACCAAAAAUACCUUGCAAGUAUUUAACAAGUGCUCCACUGCUGUUGCUUUGUAUAUAAAUAUCUUCCAACCGUAUCCUGAUCUUAUAUUCUGAGGCUUAAAUGAUGGAUUACAUUUAUUUAUUGAGAGCCAUGAUUUAUACAAUCGUUAAUUGAGGUAAUGAAUUAAAAAUGAAAAACAUUCUGUUUCACAUUUCACCAAAAACAUUAAUCAACAUCUCCAUAGUUGCAAUAUUGAUAAAUUUAUUGAAAAAAAAAAAUUUUUUUAAUGAGAUGUCUCCUGUUCGUUUUUUGAGUGUUCAAGAAAUGGAACUGAUUCCAUUUUAACAGGGUCACACUGUAUGUUACUCAUGUUUGUCAUUUAAUCCAUUUUAUUCUGAGACCCCUCCAGAUAAGGUUCCCUGAAUGUCUGGGCAUUUUCCAAUAACUGAUGGGCCAUCUAGCAGUCUCCCAAAAAAUAAAUAAAUAAAGGUUAAGCAUACAUAUAUAUAUGUACUAUUUAAUUUUAGCAUAAUUAUCAGUAUUUAAGAUUUUAGCUAAGUACUAACAUUGUUUGAUUAUUUUUUUGUGUAAGGAAAUGGACUCCAGAAAUAUUAUUUUUGAAAAGUGGAGUUUGUCUUGGUGGUUAAAACAUAACUGCAAAUUUGUUAUGGAUAUUACCUGAUCUGUUGAAGAUGCAAAUGAGAACAUUAGAUUGUUUUGAGUUAGUGUGUUUCUUUAUAUAUUUCAUACAACACUGUUAAGCAUAAUGUCUUAGAUGUAUAUAUGUAUUGUGAUAAAGAAUUGUGAUAAUUUAUUGGUUUUAAACAUUAUAUUUUAACAAAUCUGUGUUUCGUUUUUAUUUGUUGAAAUGUUAAGAUUGCAUUACAAUUUGUUUGUUACAUUUAUUCGUAGUUAUUGUAAUUGAAUGACUUGAAUUGAACUGAUAUGGGUUUUUUCAGAUAGAAUAUUGUAUUAUGAACAACUUCUUUAUUAGUUUUUCUGAAAGCUAUGCUUUUUAAAUUGUAUAUUAAUAUUCAGUAUUAUAACUGACUUGCUUUUUGGCUAUAAAAGUUCCUAUACAGUACGUAUACAUGGCAUUUCUUCGUUAAAUCUGAACUGAAGGUAUCUUAUACACAACUCCGCGAAUCUAAGGUGCCUGGUGAUCCCAUACUGUGUAAUAGUAACUCCACCAGCAACCCCAGUCAUUGAGAUUAUAGUAUAAAUAACAAGGUCAGUGAGUGAUGUAGCUGUUAUGUAACUUGUUGCCAAGGGCAACAUUCAAUGAAUAGUGAGCUGUAUAAGAGGGUUGUGAUUUAUACACAUGGUUUAAUAGAAUACACCCUAUUCUCGUUGUUACUGAUCUAAUAUGGUAGUGUAAUGUGUAGAUAAAACAAUGGUACUAUUUCAACUUUCGACUUUUGUGUACUGAAAAAGAAACUGUAAAUAUUUCCUGAAAACAAUAUAACAAACAGUGUUGUUUGGCAGUUAUAUAUUUCAAAAUAUGUAAUUUAACUUCAAAUUCAGUAAAGUAAGAAAAAUAUUCAAACUGCCAUAACUUUAUGCGAUGUUCUUUCAGAAAACUUUCACAUGACACCUACAUUGCAUAGUGUCAUGAGGCAUGAACAUCUUUACUGAAUGUAAAUGGAGCUGUCAAAGAACUUAUUUGUAGGUCUGAAUCCUUCUGUGCUGUUGAACACACAUUAUGUUUACAGGUUCUUGCCUUGUACUGUUUGAGGUAUAAUUGAAGACAGAAGUAUUGGUGUCAAUUGGUUCUAUCUAUAUUUAGCAUUAUUACUUUUUUACCAUUUUGUAUUUUAAUAGUAAUGCUUCACAAUGCAAGCAUGUUAAUUAGAUUUUAACUUCAAUGAAAGAAUUGUUGAGUUUAUACAAUAUAUAUUGAUUUUAUCAUGAAAUAACAUGGAUGAUUUACUUUUAAUAAAUUAUAUUU